CAUACACGUGUCAUACCAUGUGUCAUACUCAUUACUCUCUCAACUCCAUCGAUGCUCAACUCAAAUCAACUCUGAACCUGAACUCGUAACAUAUAAGUAAGUAUUCCAUAUCGCAAAGGUCGACGAAAUAUUUCAUUUCGGAUUUAUUAUAACAUCUGAUAUUUUCUAUAAAUCUCGUCCGAAAAUGGAACCGAACGAUUGUGUUUUCAAGCCCUACAACUGGCUUAACGAAGCUGCGGUUUUCAACAAAAACAUGGACCGGAUACCUUUCGAAUGGCUCGAAGCAAACGCAGAUAUCGUUGCUCUACUUUUCACAGCCCACAAGAUCAACAAGGACGGGCUCAUCGAGAAAUUCUACCAAAUUUUUGAAAACGUCAAAUUCGUCAACGUUCCUAUCGAGGUAAUUUAUGUACCUUUGGACGACACCGAAGAGGAGAUGCAGAAGUCUUACGAAAACCAAGCGAAUUGGUUCACUCUUAAAUACUCUGAUCCCUUAAUACCCGUUCUAAAAUACUUUUACAACAUCACAUGCAUCCCUCAUUUGUUGGUGAUGAAAGUUGAUGGGACAAUAGUUUCCAGACAUGGGACAUUAGAUUUGGAGGAAUAUGGUAAGAAUGCCGUCAUAACAUGGCUAUCCAAAUCAGCGUCUACUAAAAAAUGCAGGAGGUUUAGCAAGGAAUUGUCAAUGUAUGGAGAGAAAUGGCGUUACAUUAAUGUAGAUCAGCAACACAAAAGCACUAAAGGAGAUUACCUAAGGAAAUUCUCGCAUUUACAAUGACACAGUUUAAAAUUGGCAGCAUCAUCUAAUAUUUCAAGUUGUAUUUAGAAAAGUUUUACUUGUAACAAAAUUUGUAAAGAGUUUCCAGCUUUGAUAAAUAUGGAGCUUCGUAUUGAGUCUAUUAAUGCUUCGGCCGAGAAUUUACACCAAUAUUUGACCAGUGCCAUUACCAGUAGGUAUUAGGUGAAAUUAGGUUUGAGAUUUUCCACCGAAUAAAUAGUUCACAUACAUAACGGAACUGUAAUAAACUGACACGGCACCCUGUGAAUAUCAGCCUUCCUAAUAUGGUUCAAAGUUGACCGAAACAAAGCCAGAGACCAUUAUAAUUGUUUGCAGUCCCGAAAAUGAUGUUAACACUCCUAUUUCCAAGAAAUAAGGACGUAUAUAUAACGUCAAUUAUUAGUUGUAACUGCAAAUAAAUGUCGGUCACAGCCGAGUCCACAAAGUUAUCUUGGUCGCUCCUAUAAGAGAACUUAGUCCUUGUGUUACCACUGUAAGGUUUGAAUUUCAAUAAAUUGUAUACUCUGUA